AUGAUACCUUUAGAUUUCGAAAUGCAAUAAAAUAGUCAGAUAGAUUUGCAUGAAAACCUAAUUAAUCAACAAAGCUACAACUAAAGAAAUGUCACAAAUGAUUAGUCUUAUUCAGUAGGCAUCAACGUUACCUCAAGGAAUUAUUCUAUGAAUAGAAGUCUCUCUUAAAGAAUGUUUAGCAAAAUUGAUCAUGGGUCAUUAAGAGGAAGUACUUUCUAGCUGAUGACUUCAGCGAUUGGAACUGGAUUUUUAUCACUUUCAUUCGUAUUUUCUUAAACUGGUUUUGUUUAAGGCACAAUUAUGCUUAUGAUUGGAGGUUUUGCUGGCUAUUUAAGCUUGUUCAUGCUAGCUGAAUGUUUUCAUUAAUCUGAACAGUCAAGGAGCUAUCCAGGUAUGGUUAGAAGAAUUGGUGGGAGAUGUUUAAAUAAGAUAGCUUUUACAAUGAUAGUAUUGUAGAUGACUGGAUCUAAUACCUCAUAUAUAAUUAAUAUGACAAAUGCAAUCCAAUCUAUUUUUCUACAGUUUAAUUACGACAUAGCUUUCACUAAGACUUCUGCAUUUAAGUUUGAAACAGGAAUAGCUUUUGCCUUUAUUUUACUCUUUAUCCAGAUAUUCUCAACUAAAAUGAGUGCAUUUAGACAUGCUAGUUUGAUUACUGUCCUCGUUAUGGCAUACAUUACUUUUGUAAUAGCUUAAAACUAUUCCUAUCAGAAAUUGAAAUUUUUUCAAAUAGAUUGGAAAACUCCUGAGAAUUUCGCCAUCAUUUUCUUCUCAUUUUCUUGUCAUAUUGAGCAUAUUCCUAUAAUGGAUGAACUUAAGUUCAGAUCUAUGCCAAGAAUAAAUAAAGUCAUUUUUAGAAGUGUGAGUUUAAAUUCUCUCUGCUAUUUGACAAUUGCAUUAGCUGGAUAUUUUUCUACUUACGAUAAAACUGAUGAUGUAAUUUUUAAAAGAAAGGCUCUUUAUGAAACAAUUGAUUAUCCAAUGCUCUUAGGUUAAAUUUUAAUGCCUAUAGUCCUCAAACAUUGUAGUUUCCUUAUGCUUUAUUACAAUUACUACUUCCUUAGCUAUUAUUUAUCCAGACAUUACAGGGGUACUAUCGAUAGUGGCAAUUUGCUAUUUGAAAUUGAAUAAAGAUGA